AUGUCUACAAUUAAGAGGGCUAUCACGUACUAUUUCGUCAUAGUAUCACUAUUUCCUGCAACUUUUUUGGGAAUUGUUGGCUUGAUGUUAUUAUAUGAUUCCGAUUCAUUAGAGCUACAUGGACAUAAGAGUGAAAAAGUCUUGCCAUCUUUUAUUUGCGCUGGGAUAUACUUUUUCAUAUUAAUCAUCAGUAGUAUUAUAUUAAUUAGAAACAAUAAAAAACCAGCUGCCUCAAAAUAA